AUGGACGCCGUUGGCUUCGGCGUGGUUGCCGCGCUGGCGGCCGAGGAGGGGACCGGCGCGAGGAAGAGUACGAGGUCUUCAAAGAGGGGAGAGAAGCUCGCUGCCAUUGAGGCGGAGGCGGUGCGCAAGGCGGAGGCGGAGGCGGCGGCGGCCCGCGAGGCGGCGGCGGAACUGAGGCGCAAGGAGGUGCGCAAGGCGGCGGACGACGCGGCAGCGGCGCGAGCUCUGCCCGCGGUGCGGAACGAGACUGGCUUCUUCGAGUACAUGGCCAACGUGGCAGAGGCAGCGACAGGACUGGACCUCGAUGGCGAUGGCGACGUUGGGGUCCUCGGGUCGGACCGGAGGUCCAACGCAUGGGCCGCCGCGGAGGUUCUCGUCGAGCAGGCGCAAGAAGAGAGCCGAGUUCAGGCGGCCACGGCAGAGGCAGAGGCUGCGCUCCAAGCCGCGGAGGCGGAGGCGGCGAGCAAAGCGGCCGCCCGCAAGUCGCUGGUCACGGCGGCCAUGGGCACGCAGCCACAGCUGUCGGGCGUCGAGUGGGCACGCAGGCUCUUGGCCGACAAGGACAAGCGGAAGCGCGUCUGUGUAGAGGAGUUCUCCAUCGUGGACGUCAACCAAAACGGGACCCUCGAUCAGCAGGAAGUCUUUCUCAUGGUGGCGCGGAUCUGCGGGCGGAGCGGGCUCGAGUUGCCGCAGACCGAGCGCUGUGCCGAGCUCUUUGCGCUUUGUGACAAGAACAGCGACGGCGCGCUCGAGGUCAAGGAGUUUCAGACCUAUUUUCGCGCCGUGUUGGAGAGCGCCGUGAAGAAGGGCGACCGGAUGGCCGCGGCACGCUUGCCGUAG